UGUCGGUUCCACCGUUGGCAUAGAUCAGAAAUGGCAGUUCCAUCUCCACCUUCACCAACAUCAAACUCAUGUAGUUUUUCUAAACAAAAAAAGACACAAUAGUACUGAAUACAACGUGUUUAACAGUGAAAUAAAUAAAGACAGCACGUGCCAAGUGACACUAGUCCACAACCCAAUCUUCAUAUCUCCUCCAGCUGUUACACAUUCCACAUUAUAUCAUCACCAUCUCUCCUUCCAAGUUCCACCUCCACUUCACUCAUGGCGUCGGCGUCUCUCACCCUCUCCCUCCUCUUCUCAGCACUAUUGUUGACAACAACAACAACAACAACAUCAGCAUUAGGAAUCAACUACGGGCAGAUCGCCAACAACCUCCCCCACCCGGAAUCAGUAGUCCCCGUGGCCAAAUCCAUGGGCAUCACCCGCAUCAAGCUCUACGACGCCGACCCCAAAGUCCUCAAGGCCUUCGCCAACACCGGCGUGGAAUUCGUGGUCGGCCUCGGCAACGAGUAUCUCUCCGACGUGACCGAUCCCAAAAAAGCCCUCUCCUGGGUGAAAUCCAACGUCCAAUGCUACCUCCCCGCCACCAAAAUCUCCUACAUUGCCGUCGGCAACGAGGUCCUCACCUCCAACGACUCCUCCUCCCUCUCCCCCCACCUCCUCCCCGCCAUGGAAAACAUCCACUCCGCCCUAAUCUCCCUCAACCUCCACCGCCAGGUCACCGUCACCACCCCCCACUCCCUCGCCGUCCUCGACGUCUCCUACCCCCCCUCCGCCGCCCUCUUCCGCCGCGACAUCGCCAAGCAGCUCUCCUGCAUCCUCGAUUUCCACUGCAAAGUCGGAUCCCCCUUCUUAAUCAACGCCUACCCUUACUUCGCCUACAAGGCCGACCCCAAGCGCGUCCCGCUCGAUUUCGUCCUCUUCGAGGGAUCCGGAAUCGUCGAUUCCGGGUCGGGGCUCCAUUACGACAACAUGUUUUACGCCCAAAUCGACGCGGUCAAUUCGGCCGUGGAGAAGAUGGGGUACGCCGGGAAGGUGAAGCUCCAGAUCUCGGAGACCGGGUGGCCGUCCAAGGGGGACGGGGACGAGCCCGGUGCGACGCCGGAGAAUGCGUGUAGGUACAAUGGGAAUUUGCUGAAGCUUCUUAACCAGAACAAAGGGACUCCGAUGAGGCCGGAGAUGAAUUUCAAUGUAUAUGUUUUUGCUUUGUUUAAUGAGAAUAAGAAGCCCGGCCCGACUUCGGAGAGGAAUUUCGGGCUGUUGAAGCCCGACGGGACGCCGGUUUAUAAUCUCGGGUUCAAUCUGACCGGGCUCGGGUCGGGCGGGUCAAGCAGCGGAGGAGGAGGCGGUGGUGGAGGUGGUUCAAGCUCCGAUGGGACAAUGCCUUCGGUGUCGUUGCCAGGGGGAAAUCCUCCUAACGGCUACUUAUCCAUUGAUGAUGGGGAGAGGCUUGGAGUUGGAGUAUUAUCGAUUUUAUGCAUGAUCAUAAUUGCACUACAAAUAUGAUCUGAUGAGAAUAGAAUUCAUCGAAGACAAGUAAUAGAUGAGUUGAGAAAAAUGUGUAUGAUGUUCAUUAGUUAUGUGAGUACUUAUUAUUUAUUUGAAUUUGGUUCCUCAAUUUUAGGCUUUUUUUAUUUAAUUAGUGGUGUGAAUUCGGUGACUCUAAAUUCCAAAAUCAGUCGUAUCAUAAACAUGGAACCGCACUUUUAGGCUGGCGAUGCCAAUAAUGUCAUGCUUCUUGUAAUUUAUUUUUUGUCUAGAGUAUCUUUUCUUUUUCACCAAA